AUGGAGAUAUUCGACGUGGCCUUGGGCGACAUCGGUGGCUCAUCGAUUGUUGGCGAAGUGGACAUGAAGUACACCCAAUUCCACAACCUCGGGAAGGGUGCCCUCUCGGCGGCCGUGAAAGUGACCUUUGCAUCAAGCUUCGAGCCACCACCAGUGCUCCUCUUCCACGGCUGCUCGUGGACGUCCUCCGUGGAGUAUCCCCUUCAUCUGGAGUCCUCGAAUGUGCCUGUCCUCAUCACGAACAACGUCAUGGUCAACUCGCUGAAUGGUGGAAUCUUCUUGCAAGAGGGCUUCGCCGUGACGAUGAAGGACAACGCCAUCCUAGGCGUCAAGAUGGCGGACACAGCACCUCGUGCGAUUGCAGAGGACGACUCGCAGGUAAUCGUCAUCCAAUAUGCCGGCAUCCGCGCCGACGUGAUGCCAGUGCGCAUGAUCGGAAACGUCGUCGCUGGCUCCGAUGACAUGGGAUACAUGCAUCCGGCGGAGACGUGUCCGCCUCGAGCCAUCUUCAACAACGAGGCCGUGGGAACCGUUACCGGAGUCUUCCUCCACUCGCAGAAGUCAAGUGUUUGCCAGACAAUCAACCUGUACAAGAUCUGGAAGAUUGCGCACGUGGCGCUGUACCUGUCGGAUGUGAUGCCGCCGAAGACAAUCCUCUCCAAUAUCGUCAUUUCCGAUGCGCACAACGGCAUCAUUCCAUACAUGAGCGUGGGAUCUGCUUUCAGGCGACUGUAUCUGAACAACAUGACGUUCAUCGGGACCUCGCCUGCUGGCACGAACUGUGAUCGCUCGGCCCACUGCCGAACGCAGACGAUCACAGAUCCCUAUGCGGACGGUUGCUCCUCCAUGUGGAUGAACGCGGGAUUCCGCCGUGUGGGGUUCGUGACGCCAAUCCAGACGAAGAACCGAAAGAGCUGCUGGGCCACGAAGCCGGCCUACCAGUGCCGCCUGAUGUCUCCCGCGCAGCCUACGUUGACUCCGUGCCACCAGCCAUGGGAGAUUGAUAUCCACAUGCAGAAGGGCCUGGGCUGGACCUACUUCGAGGAUACGACCUUCGCGUACUGGAAGAGUGAUGACUGUGGCAUGACGGAUCGAGCGAUCGCACCGAACCUUUGGGGUGCAGAGGUGAACUUCCCUGCCACAUUCACACGCACGACCUGGUACCAGUCGGACCCUGGCGCCCGCUUCGAGCUGAGCACGGAAGCCUUGGACGAUGCAUACAAAGCCCGUGCGAGCCCGUGCAAGAGCAGCGGCGGUGGUUGCAUGGGUAAGAUCGCGGCAGGCGAGGAGGUCAUGGGCUCCCUUCGGCUCGAUGCCUCGCAGGGCAAUGAAGAGUCCAGCGUCAGGGGUAUGCUGCACGAGCCGUCCGGCGAGAUGUGGGACCAUGAUGGGCUCUGCGUGUGCGGUAAGACCACCUGGUCUUCGGCUUUUGAGAUUUGA